AUGAUUAUCUCUCCAUCGAAGUAGAUAAAAUCUUCAAAGGUUAAUAUCCAGAACAAGAUAAAUUUUAAACUUUAAGAAGUAAGAUAUUGAUAUAGCAAUAUAAGACUAUCCUGGAAUUAUGACAACACUAGAGAUAUUAGAAGAAUUGCAAUCAAAGUAUUUUGUUCAUCCUGAAACUUUUGACUUUUUCAAAAAACGUACAGAGCAUGGAUUCACCAAGGCUUAUUUUGAUGUACCAAUAUCAGAGGCAAGGGAAUCAAAUUUGAGGUCAUCAAAGUUAUUCUCGGGUAGUGUUGAUUUUGAUGGUACAACAAAGGAAUUAAACAUUCCAUCUAAAGAUAUUAAAGAUGGUAUACCAGUGACUAUAUACAAGCCAGCUACCUGUAGAAAUGAUCCAUCUAUAUUUGUGUAUUUCCAUGGAGGAGGCAAUUGUGUUGGAUCUAGAGCUGGUGUGGAUACAGUCUGUAAAAUCUUGUCAAGAGAUUCUGGUUGUAUUGUUGUCAAUGUAGAGUAUAGACUGGCACCAGAAUUCAAAUUUCCAAGUAACCAUGAGGAUGUUCUGUGUGUUGUUCGAUGGGUUAAAGGUCAUAAGGAGGAAUUAGGUGGGUCAUCAAGAAGUAGAAUUGGAGUAGGUGGGGAUAGUGCUGGUGGAAGAUUGGCUGCUGUUGUAUGUCAUGAAGAACAAGGUAUAGAUUAUCAGAUCCUUGUGUAUCCCAGUGUUGACAGUACACACUCUUCUCCAGCACAUCAAGAGUUCAUCAGAGGACCUGUUCUUACUAAAAAGUUGAUAGACUGGUUUAUUGGAAAUUAUUUUUCAAAUGAAUCCGACAAAGUGAGUUUGAGAGGUUCACCAUUACGUAAUAAUACAGAGAGUUUUUCUAAGUUACCACCAGCUUUAGUUAUUGUGGCUGAUAUUGAUCCACUUAGAGAUAAUGCCAUAAUGUACCACGAGAGGAUGAAAUCUUGUGGUGCCAGCAGUGAGUUGUUACUUGUCCAAGGUGUUGUCCACGCUUUCUUUACUAUGCCAGGCCAUUUUAAAGAAUGUUGUAAGAAACCAAUAGACAGAUGUAUACAGUUCAUUAAAGAUCAUUCCUAAUGGUGUCGACUGGAUAUUUAAAGUGAAAAAUAUAGCAUUGAAUUUUAGGAAUUCACAGACAUUUGGUGAAAAGUGCAUACUUGCAAAUUUGAUAAUGUCAUAUAGUUUUGCUGAUUUUACAUGCAUUUUGUAUGGAAC